AUGAGUUGGACGGGAGGCUUAGGGGAGGAAGAACAGCUAGCUGGGGCUAGUGGACUUUGCCAAGUGCAUGAUCCUGUCUUUUACGCAAAGAAUUCAAAUCGGGAAGGUAACAAGAUCGUGAUGCAACCUAGAGGACUCAACAUAGUGUGGGGAAACGAUGCUCGGUACUGGAAAAUACCUACUGAGGGUCCUGCGGAGCUGAUUCAAGUUUCAUGGUUGGAGGUAUCUGGUGUGCUUCGAAUAGAAGACAAUAAGAAGUACAAAAUUUCGUUUGAGGUGAGAGUGAAAGAGGACGGGUUCGGAUGGAACGGGACAGAUGUACUGGUGAUGGCUAAGAUUGGAAAAACAGGGAAAUAUGAAUUCAGAGUGCAUAGACUAUCUCCUGGUCAGCUUACCACCAUUCCUACCCAACCACUCGUGAUUCAAGGCGUCUCCGGGAUGGACCUUCACUUUGGAUUGUAUGAAGUGUGGAGCGGAAAAUGGAAGGGAGGCCUCGAAAUUUACAAAGCGAAGGUUGAAGCUGUCCCUUGA